ACCUCAAAGCUCUUAUUUGUACUCAACAUGUGUGGCAACCCAAUGUGGAGUGCCGGUUGGGAAGUGGUGCUCGGGCUAAGAGGAAUCCGCCCAUCAACUUCCCUACAUGCGACCUUGAAAGGGAAGGCUAUGAUCCAUCCGCUCUUUGUCAUGAGAGAGAGAUGCUUAUGUGGAAAAGAGUUUGCAAAAGUUUGGUGUGAGGCGCUUUAGUGUUGAAAAAUGAGACCAAUAAACGACAACUCCUAAUUGAAAUAAAGAAUAAAGAGCACUCUCUAAAGUUUUUGUGCUUAACUGUUGAUUGAGAAGUCACUCGGUGCACACCUUGAUUGUUCGUCCUAAGGUAGUAAGUAUUGUCCUCACCCAAGAGUUUGUAUGUGCAUAGUGAGAUCAUAGUUACAUCCAUUCGUCUCUGUUUACUCUUCUUUAUGCAAUGAAGAAUUAGAGUGCAUCCCACCUUUAUUUGUUUAUCAAGUUGCAUUGGUUUGAGUAGGUUUACUUGGGGACAAGCAAACGCCUAAGUGUAGGGAGUUUGAUAACACCUAAAUUUGGUUUAUUUAGCCUUUUAUUUAGGUUUGCUUUGUACCAGUUCAUGUGUAUAAUCGUUUGAAUAUCUUCGAUUGCAUCCCUAUUUCGUUCCAAUUUGAUUAUGAUGUGAUUUUAGGGUGAUUUAGACAAUACAUGCAAUUAGGUACGAAAAAGGACACAAGUGUAGCAAAAGGGGUUGGAGAGGGAGAUCACGGUCUAGAACACAGACUGCGAAAUCAAGGAGAAAAUCGCAUCCUCAGGACCUAAGUUCACGGCCGCGAAUCUGGAGGCUUUGGGAGUGAACUUCGUGAAGAAGCCAGCCAAGGAGAAACAGAGAGUUUCCCCAGUCUGAUCACGGGCACAGUUCACACUGACCACGAGGAAGUUUGCGGCUGCGAAGUCAGCCCACAAAUUGAAGGCCAAAAUAGCGACGUUGACAGAUUGCGGUCUGCUGCGAAGAAGAUCACGACCGCAACCCUGUCUGGCAGUGAACUUGCCCUUCCUCUGAAGGCUAUAAAUAGAAGACCCAUUUCCCCCAUUUGAAAGAGCUGAUUUUAAGAUAGAAAUUUCUGGUUAGAGAGAGAAGAGAGAGAAACUGAAGGAAGAGGAGGAGGAGCUAGAAGAAAUGAGUCAUCUUCUUCAAUACAAGUCUUCCCCAAUUUUUUCUAUGUAUCUUAUUCUCUCCUUUAUGGAUUAGUCCUCUAAGGUACUGGGAGUUCUAAACCCCAAUCCCUAGUUUUAGGGCUACUAUGUAAUGAAUGAAUAUUUUAGGGUUUUAAUCAUGGUAAAGGAAACCGUACCGGACAUCAUACCGGAUUCCUUUCUGGUAUGGUAUUUUGUGGUACGACCGUGGUUCAACCGUUUUGUACCGGUAAAUACCGUUUUUCACUAUUGAUAGAGAAAUGAAAUGCGAUAGUAUAGAAAAUAUAAUCCAUCAAAAAAAGAACCAAAUAGAGCAUUAUACAACCAUUCCUUACCUAAUUAAUCAGAUUAAUUGACUAUCGCUGGCUUUGGGAUGGAAAAGAGCUCGACCUAUUCCUCUGAUGCGCGUUCUUGAGCAGGGGAGGGAGACUCCAGCAGGUAUCGGCGCGGCGUUCUUGAGCAGGGUAGGGAGACUCAAGCAUGGUCGUCGCGGCUGAGGAGGAGAGAAAGGAGCGGCGGGGUGGAGCAGGGACGACUCGACUCGCCGGUCGUGGGUCGCCAGAUAAGAAGAGAAGAGGAACGGCGGAGGAGCGGAGCGGGGAUCGGCUCGACCUUUCGCCGUCGCGGGUUGCUUCUUUCCUCUCGCCGGUCGCAGGCUGCCAUUCACUAGAGGGAGUGGAGAAGAGGAGCGGCGGGGAUGGGGAACAGGGGAAGAAGGAAACGACGUUUGGAUUAGGGUUUUGUGUUUUGGCGCUGUUGAAUGCCGAUUUUUCUUUUUUUUUUUAAUUUUAGUGCUUAAACGGCAACGUAUUCUUUCAAUAAGGCUACCGCCGGUAGACCAAAACCGGGCGGUUUUUCUUUUUUUACCGGUCAAACCGAAAAAACUGGCCGGCACGGUAAAAUCAGCACAAUCAACCCACCGUACCGCUUUUGGUCCAAUUUCCGGUUGAACUGGCCGGUACGAUCCGGUUUCCUGGUCUAUGGUUUUAAUGAAUGAAUGUGUUUAUCUAGUUGAUUUCAUUGUUUGUCUACCUUUGAUUGUGUUUGGGUAAGUCGCCCUAAUCUUCACUACUAGCUACUUGAGCUUCUACGUUGAGUUUGGAGUUUUAGGGUUAGACGGGUAUUCGCCAUUAAGCAAAUUAAGGUUAUAUGUAUGAAUAUGAUCUUAUGGAGGACGAAGCAACCGUACCCCGGCCAUAGGAAUGCCUUCCUAGAUAGAAACCGGGUUAAAACCUCGGUGUGGGCGGUGGGUAGUACCCAUUAAAAUGAGUUAUGUUCUUAAUGCCCAUAUAUGAUAGCCUAGAUCGAAGUGAAUGACAUGGGUUUAGGGUAGGCGUACUCGAAGGCGUGUGGUUAACCAAGAAAGCCCAAGAAAAAUAGCUCACUCAACACAUUCGAGAAACCCUACUUAUCUAGACAUUGCAUAACCUUUAAACCGAUAGGCUAGAUAACAACAACGUGGGAAGUAGGCUAGGUACCGCGACCCAAGUGAAUACGACCUUGAUUGUCACUAUAUGACAACGCCAUUUUAGGUUAAACUUGGUCUAGGAUGGGGUAAUUAUUGAUAAGUGAUAACCACGGACAAUAAUCUGCACGAAAUGAAUCGAUCAGUGGGCAACGGGGGCGGGACUCUGUAUCCGUCCCGUUUGAAAUGGGUAUCCAAUCCCAUUUGGAGAGUAAACUUUGUUCCACGUCCCAAAAUCGUAGAGGUUUACGGGUACCCAUUAUCUUUACGGGACGGAUAAAGGUACCCGCGGGUGACGCAUUUUAAAUACUUAAAAUGACAAAAAUAUAAUUAAUCACCUCAAAGUACCAAGAAUAUCAUUCAUAAUAUGUUAAAGGAUUCAAUAAUAAACAAUUCCCUCACCUACUUUUGAUCCUUAACAAGUCACCCACCCAGCACCACCCAUUACUAGGGCUGGAAGUUUGGUACUGGUAUUUGGGAUAUACCGAAUACCGUACCGAAUUUAUCACUAUUUGGUAUUACCGAAUACCGGCUUAUUUUUUAGGGAUUGGGAUUCAUUUUGGAGUGCUAUUCGGUAUUCGGGAUUACGGGAUUCGCUCGGUAUAUACCGAAAUACCGAGAAAUACCAAAAUUAAAAAUUAAUGAAAUAUAUCACACAAACUUUAGUAAUUCCUCACUCUUCAUAGCUUAGAAGCCCCCUAUUCAACUCAAUUUUGACUUUCCCGUUUAAAUCACUCUCGUUUCUCACCUAAUCUCUUGUUAUUUUUAUAACACCAAAAGCAAACAAUAGUAUAAGUCGUCUCUUAACCUCCAAUUCGUCAAAUUAAGGAUUACCGAUGACAAGAAUUUGAGAUGUCACCUCUCCUUCAUUCUCAUUAUCCAUAUCCUAGUUCUAGUCAAACUCAAGACUCUUUGCUUAGUCUCUUUGCCCUAACUUAAACUUUUAAAUCUAAUUUAUAUAUUUAAUUAUUACUUGCAAAGAUAAUUAAUUUUGUAUUCGAUAAUACCGAUUGGGAUACCGAAGUACCGAUUGAGAUACCGAAGUAUUUAGGGACUGGGAUUGGGAUACCGAAAUUAUUUAGGGAUUGGAAUUGGGAUUGACUUUAGAGUAUAAUUCGGUAUUCGAGAUUUCAGUAUUUGGUAUUGGAAUACCGAUACCAUAUCGAUUUUCACCCCUACCCAUUACCAACUUCUUCAACCCACUAAAGAACACUAUCGGAAGCAAAAUAAAGAACCAAUAUGAAGAAGAACUAUUGACAAAUUUUGUCGACCCACAUCAUCAUGUUAAUGAACACGAGACACGGAG